AUGUCCGGAUCAACCAUAAACGAGGCGGAUACAAUCCAGGUGUUCCUGGAUCUGAUCAAGAAAAUUGAAGAAGCAGGGAGCGAUAUCCAAGGAAUACUGGAUAGUAUCAAGUAUAUGGGGAGGUAUAGCGUCAACAUCAACAUUCUCAAAACAACCAAGGCGGGUAAGAAGAUGACCAAAUGGACCUCCCAUAAAAGCACAGAGGUCAGUGCAGCUGCCAAAAAGAUUCUGGGUGAAUGGAAGAAGCAGAUUAAUGAAGAGAAAGCCAGAGCAAAGAAUGCAGAUGGCGCUCCUGAAGCAGCUGGGAAAGAUACUACUAAAGCUUCGCUUAAGGACACAGAUGCUGAAAACCCUCCUUCGACUCCCCCAGCAGUAGUGCAGGCAGAGGUCCCAGCUGCUCCUUCCAGAGUUCGUCAAGCUGAUUUAGAUUACGAAGAAGAGAAGAAGCACGAGAAUGAAGAGAAUUAUGAUGAGUUCAUAAGUGAAAAUGAGAUCGAAGACACCAUCCGGAACAAAAUCAGGAAAGGAUUUGAGAAGCAGCUACUGAAAGCAGCCCCAAACCAAAAGAAAAAGUGAAAAGUGCUUUCCAUUAAAAUUGAGAACGGCAUUGUCUCUAGGUUUGGAGCCCAAAAGGCUGAUUACUCAAAUAAAAGUAGAACAGUCCUUGCAAAUCUUAUGAGAAACACUCAGUUCAAGGAGAAGAUCAUCCAUGGUGUCAUUAACCCAGAAGAGAUCGCUUCAAUGGACCCAAAGGAAUUUUUAGAUGAUGAUACUAAGAAGAAAAGACAGGAGAUGGAGAAAAGUAUCGUUGAUUCUAAAAGAUCUGACUUCAUGAUUGCCAAUAUGAAGCUCAAGGAAGGAAUGUACACCUGAGGCAGAUGCAAAGGAAAGAAGACUACUUUCUAUGAACAGCAAACCAGAUCAGCAGAUGAACCGAUGACUACAUUUGUACAGUGACUCACUUGCGGGCAUAACAUGAAGUUCUAAUUGCAAGGAUUAUUUCCAAACCGAAAAUUCAAUAAUUUA